GCGUGACAUAGAGGAGGAAGUAACAAGAAAAGGCUCUGACAGAACCUGCCGGGGCAGACAUAUCUUCCAGUGGGCAUAGGAGACUGAGAAAUUAAUCAGAAUUAAUCAGAACCAGGUCAGCGUGAGAGAGAUGUCUGAGGCCAGGAGGAGGACGAGUAAGGGAGGGCAGGAAGAGUCUACGGGGCAGCAUAACGGAAUUGGCGGACGGAGCAGGCCGGAGCGGACGGUGGACACAGCAGAUGAGGAUGACGUUGGUGGCGGACCCUCGGGGAUACAGGAUGAAGAUGACGAUCCAGCACGCAGGCGAGAGAUCAGGAGCAAAUACCGUGACCUUAUUAAUUCUGUCCAGCAAAACCGGGAAGACAUGCUUAGUCCAGCCAACAAUAAACUCACUGAUGUUUUGGAGGAAGCCAACAAACUUUUUGCCAAUGUGCGGCAGGCGCGAGAGGCAGCGUUGGAUGCUCAGCUGCUGGUGCUGGCGACAGACCUGGGGAAGGAGAAGGCCAGUCAGCUGCACGCCGAGGGCUCCGCCUUUGACCCCACCGCCUUCGCUGAAAAUCUGCUGUCCUUCAUGGGUCUGAACCGGUUGGAGGAAGAGGAAGAGGAUGGUGAGGAAGGACACUCUCGGGGUUACUUGCCUCAGGACGCCUGGCACAGGCUAGCCAAGAAGGCCGAGUUCUGUUUCAAAACCGCCCCCUCGUUCCACUACAUGUUGGGUUCAUUUCUCGCGGAACCCCCCCCUCCACGUCAGCGUGUGGAGAGACAGAGAAAAGCACCCAACAAAGAGGAGAAGAGAAUCAUGCCCACCCAGCUGAAGAAAAUGGAGGAAUCGCACCAAGAGGCCACAGAGAAGGAAGUGGAGAGGAUUCUGGGAUGCCUGCAGGGUUACUUUGCCGAUGACCCGGAAUCGCCCAUAUCCUAUUAUGAGUUUGUCAUUGAUCCCACGUCCUUCUCCCGGACGGUAGAGAACAUCUUCCACACCUCGUUUCUCAUUAGGGAUGGUCUUGCAAGGAUUUAUCUGGACAAAGAAAAACUACCUUGCAUCGCACCUGUUGAGGAAGGAGAGGUGGAACCAGGUGGGGUCACAAACCGUCAGCAGUGUGUGAUGUCUAUCAGCCCUGCUCGCUGGAGGGAAAUCAUCGAGGCCUUUCAGAUUAAAGAGGCUCUAAUCCCUGCACCAAAAGGCAUCUCUCAGGAGGACUGACAGCAGACC